AUGUCACAAGACAAACGAGCAAAGCCGCAAGACCAUGGGACGACCACGGACAUGAGUACCGCCAAACCCAAAUCUCGACCCCCCAAUACCGAACCCAACACCCGAGACAAGAAGAAGAAAAUCGCCGAAUCCCAUGGCUUCCAAGAUUCAUGA